AUGUCGACCAGGCCACCGUCCCGCGUCGUUUUUGUCGGCAACAUUCCCUACGGCUUGUCCGAGGAGCAGAUCACCGAUAUCUUCUCCAGUGCCGGAAAAGUCGAGCGCUUCCGCCUUGUCUAUGACUCCGAGUCCGGCCGUCCCAAGGGAUUCGGCUUUGCAGACUAUCCCGACACAGACUCGGCCGCUUCUGCUGUACGCAACCUAAAUGACUACGAAAUCAUGGGUCGGAAACUUCGCGUCGACUUUUCGAACGAGCAAAGGAGCGGUGACGAUGACAACCACCCGGCUUCCUCGGCGACAAACCCGCCCGCAGUGAACAGCAGCGGCUUAGCGUCGUAUGGAUCCCAAGCGAGCUCUCUGCCUACGCUUCCAGCUGGCAAGGAGAUCCCCUCAGGUCUGACGUGUACGGAUGCCAUCUCCCGAACCCUCAACACCCUCCCCCCAUCCCAGCUGCUAGAUAUUCUUGGUCAAAUGAAGGCGCUCGCUUCAUCCGAUCCCCAGAGAGCGACCGAGCUUCUCCAGCAAGCCCCUCAGCUCACCUACGCCGUUUUCCAAGCCCUAUUGCUCAUGGGCCUCGUCUCUCCCGAGGCCAUUCAAUCAGUCUCCGAGCCCGGUGCGCCCCAAACACAACAACCCGUCGCCAGCUUUCCCACAAUACCCGGUUACCCGGCCGCCAACAACACACCCCCAGUUGGUGCCGUGCCAUACGCACCACCCCCAGCACAAGCGCAGCCUUAUGGCGCACCCGCGCCUCAACCUGUGGCCGGGCCGGACACAGAUGCUCUACUACGACAGGUCAUGGAGCUUCCUCAGUCGCAGAUCGAUUUACUCCCCGAGGCAGAGAGGCAGCAAAUUCUCGCACUCAGGGCGUCAUAUAUUGGUCAGCAGCGGAGGUGA